AAAUGCUGCAAGAAACUUCUUAAAUGACCGCGUCCGGCUGCCCGUGGAGCGUUUCUGGGUUGGGGAGAGGAAAGGAAAGUGGAAAAAAACUGAGAACUUCCUGAUCCCUCUCGCUGUGAGACAUGUCUGAGACUCCUGCUCAGUGUAGCAUUAAGCAGGAACGAAUUUCAUAUACACCUCCCGAGAGCCCGGUGCCGAGUUACGCCUCCUCGACUCCACUUCAUGUUCCAGUGCCUCGAGCGCUCAGGAUGGAGGAAGACUCGAUCCGCCUGCCCGCGCACCUGCGCUUGCAGCCAAUUUACUGGAGCAGGGAUGACGUAGCCCAGUGGCUCAAGUGGGCUGAAAAUGAGUUUUCUUUAAGGCCAAUUGACAGUAACACGUUUGAAAUGAACGGCAAAGCGCUCCUGCUGCUGACCAAAGAGGACUUUCGCUAUCGAUCUCCUCAUUCAGGUGAUGUGCUCUAUGAACUCCUUCAGCAUAUUCUGAAGCAGAGGAAACCUCGGAUCCUUUUCUCACCAUUCUUCCACCCUGGCAACUCUAUUCACACACAGCCAGAGGUCCUCCUGCAUCAGAACCAUGAAGAAGAUAACUGUGUCCAGAGGACCCCCAGGCCAUCCAUGGAGACUGUGCACCACAACCCUCCCACCAUUGAACUCUUGCACCGCCCUAGGUCACCCAUCACAACAAAUCACCGGCCUUCUCCCGACCCGGAGCAGCAGCCCCUCCGGUCCCCCCUGGACAAUAUGAUCCGCCGCCUCUCCCCUGCUGAGAGGGCCCAAGGCCCGAGGCUCCACCAAGAGAACAACCACCAGGAGUCCUACCCUUUGUCAGUGUCUCCCAUGGAGAAUAAUCACUGCCCGCCAUCCUCCGAGCCCCACCCGAAGCCCUCCAGCCCCCGGCAGGAGAGCACCCGAGUGAUCCAGCUGAUGCCCAGCCCCAUCAUGCACCCUUUGAUCCUGAACCCCCGGCACUCCGUGGAUUUCAAACAGUCCAGGCUCUCCGAGGAUGGGCUGCACAGGGAAGGGAAGCCCAUCAACCUCUCCCACCGGGAAGACCUGGCUUACAUGAACCACAUCAUGGUCUCAGUGUCACCGCCUGAAGAGCACGCCAUGCCAAUUGGGAGAAUAGCAGACUGUAGACUUCUUUGGGACUACGUCUAUCAGUUGCUUUCUGACAGCCGGUACGAAAACUUCAUCCGAUGGGAGGACAAGGAAUCCAAAAUUUUCCGGAUAGUGGAUCCCAAUGGACUGGCUCGGCUGUGGGGAAACCAUAAGAACAGAACAAACAUGACCUAUGAGAAAAUGUCCAGAGCCCUGCGCCACUACUACAAACUAAACAUUAUCAGGAAGGAGCCCGGACAAAGGCUUUUGUUCAGGUUUAUGAAGACCCCAGAUGAAAUCAUGAGUGGCCGGACAGACCGUCUAGAGCACCUUGAGUCCCAGGAGCUGGAUGAACAAAUAUACCAAGAAGAUGAAUGCUGAGGGAACCGCCAGGCCCCUCUGCAGCGGGCCAGCAGCAGGAGAACCUGCCCACCAGGACUACCGGAGGCGUGGUGCAGCAGGCGGGCUGAGGGCAGCUGCAGGAAGACGCAGAAUGGCAGGAACGCUUCUCUUGCGGACCAAGAGGGACCCCAGAGCACCUUAGACAAAGCACCCAGCAGUGGCAGGGGCACAAGCCCGGGACUAGCAUUUCACAUUUCCUUCACCUUUGGAAUCCACCUGUAAUCCUUCAUCCACGCCCUCCCAAGUCUGUUGUUAGUCUCAUGGUUGUUUUUUGUUUUUAGAAACAUGCAGUUUGACUUUUCAUCAUUCAUAUAGGGAAAGACAUCCAAUGUUGUUUUCCUAUGGAAAUGUAUAUCUAUUAUAUAUCUAUUUUUGCAAAUCUCGCAGAGUAUGGCCAGCCCAGCUUGUCAGGAAAGAGAAUACUUGCAGAAAAGAUCAGGUGCCACUUUUUCCUGCCAUAUGGGUCAGGUUUGUCCCUGUUGCAGUUGGGUCUUGGCUGAAAAAAGAAAAAAAAAUGCUUUUAAAA